AUGUCUGCGGAUCCGUACGCCGUGCUUGGCACUUCCCCAGGCUUCACUUUCCUGCAGCUGAGUGAGGCAUAUCGGCGGGCUGCAGAAGCUGCCGAGCAAGCACCUCCGAGUGCAGCCGCCGUGGCCCUGCGCCGAAGCGCGGUGGCUUUUGAGGCAUUGAGCUGGGAACUGCUCCGAAGAGGAGGCCCCUGCACGAGUGGAGAGCCGCGUCGAGCAGCCCUUCCGUGCCCGGACAGAUGUCUGCCAAUGCAUCUGCUUCCAUCAUGCCAACAGCCGUGCGUUCAGCCGAGCUCUCUUUCAAGAAGGCGCUGGACUCGGAAAUCCUUGCGCCUCCACUCCGCCCUCAAGCGCCUCCGCGCCGCUCUGCAGCGGCUUCCGCCUCAGCCGCGCGAAGAGGGCAUCCGGGCACUGAGCCCGGAGGUGCGUUUGCAGCUGCUCAAGUUCAUGGAGGCCUCGGCGAUGCCUUCCGCAUCUACUGCGGAAUGUGAGCCGAAGCGGCCGAAGAGGCCGAGCCGCAGACCGGCGGAGCCCAAGGCCUCGAGGGCCUCUCAGGCCACGAAGGCCUGUGGUUUGCAGCGAAGUCGACAAGGGCUCUUUCGGGCCAAGAUCAGCUUCGAGCACAUUCGGCUAUACAGUUCCUACACGUUUCGACAGAUGGCAGUGGAAUACCACAUAUUGCUGGUCAGAUUGAGGCAGCUGGUGAUGAUGAAUACGCAGCCUGGAGCCACUGAGAGUGUCUCUGAGCUUUGUGAGGCGUUCUCAGCUGCUUUUGCGGAGUUAGAGCGUGAGCCCGUGGUGAACAUGAGGCCGCGCAGCUGCCUUGGAUCUCAAAGCGAAUGCCACGACUUGAACCACUUCUUGCAGCAGUAUGGAAUUCGAAGCUAUCUCAGCAUUCACGCGGCGAGAUGGUUGGGAUCAACGCACGUGUCAUCGCCAGUACUGCCCCUGGUGGAUGUGUUGAAGCUGCGGCACCAGCUGCUGCUAGCACGAAGCCAGGGAUGGGAGCCAUUUCGUGAUGCUUGGCUCGGCAUGAUGCGGAAGACUGAAAGCCCUGGGCGCGAUCGCGCCACGGCCUUUGAACAGGAAGCAACGAAGCCUUGCCGUUGGGGCUGCAAGAAGCGCCGACGAGCCACAGAAGCUCUGAACAAAGCCAUGGCCCGACAGAAGUCUCAACCUGGAUUGCGGCCCAGGGUUUCCGGGACUCCCGGGACUUCGGGGGCUUCGGGUCCAGCCAAGGACAUGGCUGUUGAAAGGCUGAAAGUUGCCUCAUGCGCAACGGAACGGGCCUUGGCAGCUUGCAAUGGAACGCGGCGCCGGGGCAUCCGCAGCACCCGCAGACCAGGGUGA